GAGGCAGCAAGGGAGGAGUAGUUAGUUACCGACAUAAUUAUGAUACAGAGGAGAGAACUAUCUGUACACUGACCAAACUGGAGAGAUAUAUCUGUUGCCUUCACUGUGCACACACCCUACCAACUACAUAUCUGUGGCGUUAAGGGGUGAGCGCAUGUUUAAUGGCAUUUGAGAAGACUCCGCGGCGCUCUCCGGGUGGAAGAGGAGACAUUACGGCGCGAGUUAGCUAACGUUAGCUCGCUAACAAGCUGCCUGACAUGGCUGUCUAACAGGCUGCCAAAGAUCUCCUAUAUGGAUCACAGGGGACUACAAAGAAAAAGCACCGUCUGUGAGCAUAGCCAAUAACUAGCAAAUCUGACCCACAAGCAUAUCAUCAGACUGAUUUCAGUGCAUGUGGCCUCUUCAGUUGUUCAUAGACAUCUUUUGGGCAGCCCAAAGGCCUCUUGCUAUGCACUAUAAACGGAGAGACAUGAGCUGUGGGAAUGCUGGGAGGAGCAGGCUUCUUUCGAGCAGGACUAUCUCCCUGGUAAUAGGGCUUCUGGUGACCAUGGCCCGCGGUGCUGCACCAGAACAGCAAGAGACACUGGUGGAGAUUAUUUCUGUGGAACUAGAGGCAUCCAUGCAGUCCUCUGUACUCUCUGAGCUCCAGGCUGCUGCAUCCUCAGUUGGUGAAGGGCCACCUACAGCUAUCGCAGAUUCCUCUGCAAAGAGUGGGGGUGUGCACACUGGCAUCCCUGAUUCCUCUGCAAUCGUGGGUCAGGUGUUUCAGCUGAAGGUUCCACCAGGACCUGCCAAUGCAAGCUGUAAUGUUUAUCUCACUGAGAUGGGAAAGAACACUUUACCCUCCUGGCUAUAUUGGGACAAAGAUAGCUGCAUUCUGAGAGGCUUAGCCCUGGAGCAGGAUAAAGGUGUGUAUCAUAUCUUGGUGUCUGGAGAGGAGAUAAUUGAGAAGACUGGCAGCCAAGUGUUUCCCAGCACGGUCUUUUCUAUUGAGGUAUACCCAGAAGAGCGGGCAGACACUGAACCAGCCCUACUCACCCUACAGUCGGAUAUCAGCGGCCUCCAACCUUUCACCUGUGGCUCUGAGGACACUGUCACUGUCCUCACAGUCAUACUGGAUGCUGACUUGACAAAGAUGGUUGCUGAACAGAGGGUCAACUUACUGGGCAUUAUGAGAAAAUUCUCACAUGUGCCAUUAGAGCACAUGAGGGUGGUCCCUGUUGUCAACAACCGCUUAUUUGACAUGUCUGCUUUCAUGGCGGGGCCAGGCAAUGCCAAGAAGGUGGUGGAAAAUGGGGCCCUACUGUCAUGGAAACUUGGAUGUGCUCUCGACCAGAGUAGUAUUCCUGACAUUAGCAGCGUCCAAUCUUCAGCCAAGGAUGGGACCAUGUCAGCCAGGCUGGGAUACCCUGUGGUUGGGUGGCACAUUGUCAACAAAAAGCCCCAUGGAGUGAAACGGGUCAGACGGCAAUUGUACAAUACUCCUACUCCAGUGCCCUCCCUGCUUCCUCCAACUACUCACCCAGAGCCCCCUGUACGUGUUAUUCCCACCCCAACUUCACCCUCCAUUGCACCAGCAACAGACAUCUCUGCACCCCCUGUCCGAGGCCCUUUGCCUCUUCCAGUGAAGCCCACUAUGAGGGUCAGAGAUCAGAUAGCCCACACACCUGUCUUUGGACCUCCCCAACCUACCAGGGUGCUAGGAACUACCAGCACCAUCCCCAUCCAGCCUACCAUGACUCGACCUACAUUUGUGGAGGCCACUGCUUCUCCAACACCACCAAGCACCACCAAAAGGCCCAAACCCUCUGCCACAAGGAAACCCAAGAAACCCAAAUCCUCCACCCCAGCUCCCCGGGAACCGAAGUCAACCACAGCUAAACCACCCAAACGCACCACUCCUCUCUCUUUGGCUCCAGACGUGAAUAAAAACCCAGAGAUCCGAAAUGCUAUUGAUCAGGUGAAUGCAUGGGUUGGCACGUACUUCGAGGUUAAGAUUCCUCCUGAUACAUUCUUUGACAAAGAGGAUGGUACGACUGACAAGCUACGUUUGACUUUGAAGCAGACCCCCAAAGAAGCAGUGAGUGAAACAUCUUGGAUUCAGUUCAACAGCACCAUCCAGCUGUUGUACGGACUCCCAGAGGAGCAGCACGAGGGGAAACAUGAGUACUUCAUGUUAGCCACUGAUAAGGGUGGGAGGAGCAUCAUGGAUGCAUUUGAGGUUCGUGUCAACCGCUGGUCGAAUAAUGACAAACCAUCAGUUGUAUUUGCUGCUCGUUUCCAUGGUGACCCUAAAUCUUUAAGCAAUGAUGUCCAUAAAAAGAUUCUUUUGACCAAAAAAUUGGCUUAUGCCCUUGGUGAUAGAAACAGCAGCACAGUAACCCUAAGAAGCAUCACUAGGGGCUCUAUAGUGGUAGAAUGGACCAAUAACAGUCUCCAGCAGAGUCCUUGUCCAAAGGACCAGAUCACAAUGCUCAGCAACAAGAUCUCUGACCCCCAAGGCACGCCUAAACUGGCUUUCAUCAAAGCCAUGGAGCCUGAAUUCAAACCUAUUAAUAUAUCCAUUCGUGGCACAAAUAAAUGUCAAAGCUAUACCUUCAUUCCACCAGGAGAGGUGCCAGAGCCUGUUCUUCCUACUGUUACACCUUCACCUGGCACAGGGCGCAGGACCAAGGAUGAUGUGUACUUACACACAGUCAUCCCUGCUGUGGUGGUAGCAGCCUUGCUGCUAAUAGCAGGGAUCAUUGCUAUGGUGUGUUACCGUAAGAAGCGUAAAGGGAAGAUGACCAUAGAGGAGCAGGCCACUUUCAUCAAGAAAGGAGUCCCCAUUAUAUUUGCAGAUGAGUUGGAUGAUUCCAAGUCACCCCCGUCCUCCAGCAUCCCUCUUAUCCUUCAGGAGGAAAAGCCCCCUCUUCCCCCUCCAGAGUACCCUAACAUGGCAGGCCCCCACAGUACCCUGCUCAACCAGGAUCUGCUGGAGGAGUAUUCUGUUUAUCAAGAUGAUGAUCCUAAUGCCCCUCCUUACCAGCCCCCACCACCAUUUACUGUCCCCAUAGAGGGCAAAGGCUCUCGCCCUAAGAACAUGACCUCAUACAGGUCACCACCUCCUUAUGUGCCUCCCUAACGCUCACUGGUGCUUUCAGUUUGGAAAGCAGGUGCAAUGUAGGGAUGCUUGUUGAAAACUACUACAGGAGUAAUUUUACAUGUGUUCAAUGAAAUGGCUUUGACUUUGUAGAGGAGCAGGCAACCAUACUCAUAUAUUUGACCAUCACGGAUAAGACACUGUAUCAAUUCUACUACUGGCACAGGGCAAAUGGACGGGGAACAGUUCCAGCACUCUUUUUUUUUUUUUUUUUGUAAUUGUUGUCCUUCAGAUCUGCUUUUGACUUCUUGCAUAUUCUUAUUUGUCUUUUUUUGCCAAGAAGAGUCAGUUGUAUCUUCAAUGACGUACUAUUUCUAUUGUAUAGAAAAUAAUAAAGACGCAGGAAAGACUGACGCCCACGGGGCCUUUAAGUAGAUGUCACCAUGACAACAGACUUGAGGCUCUCCCUCACAAUCUUAAUCUUUGAGUUCCAUAUCACUCUUAUCUGUCUUUUGGCUAGGUUUACUAAGAUUUUGCACCUGUUAUUUCUAGAGGGGAAUGAAAUAGAAAAAGCCAAACUGAAAGCAUGAAACACUUUAUUUACAAAGAAAUCUGUUUGUUUUAUUAGAUCUUUUCCUGUUCUCUUCUAUGCUUUGCUCCCUCUUGACAAUAACAUGCAAACCUUGCACUUAUGCAAAUUCUUGUUAAACCUUGCACUAUGUGUCUUGCACAGAAUUGAACGCAGUAGGUGGUAGUCCAGUAUGAAGGAAAAAAAAUAUUCUUUUUGUAUCCUUGAACUUGCCACAUAACUGAGAUUCCUCUGGUACUUGAUCACAAAGGACAUUACACUGAUCACGCCUGUUGUAGAUGUAGCCUAAUUAAGUUACAAAACAAAUAAUGGCUUCUUUUCUUUUUUUCUUUUAAACAUGUGUGCCACUGAACCUGCCUAUGAGAUGACUGGAUUAGCUGUUGCCAAGGUAAUGACAGCGGUCACAAGGCAAAUUUUGUGCGGUUGCUACAACCGUAAAGAAGAGGCCAGUGGUAUGCUGUGGUUCACAGCAGGAUGAGAAUUGCAACAUAGUCAAUGAGGUGGAUCCACUGUCUUAUAUUCAGUUGGUUUUGUUAGUGUGAGGGGUGGGAGGGGGGCUCAGAGUUGCACUGUUAUGUUUAGUGCACUGCCUGUUGUCAGUUCAAAUGAGGCAUGGGGACAUGGGGAUGUACAUAAUUGUGUGCCUGUGAAAUUAAAGAACUCCAUAAUGUUAGUGUUUUAUCAGUAAACCUAGUAGGGAAAAGGGAGGGCCAGAGUGGGAAAUAAUUUUAUUUUUUAAUUGUAUGUCUAGAUUUAUGGUCACAAUCAUGAAAAAACAACAACUUUAUAGUUUGCGAGGGUACAAAAGAACGUUUACCUACCCAUCACAAAAAAUAAUAAUGCAUUAUCUCAGUAUGAUGGGCAACAAAGAAACCACUACAAUAUGUGAAUUAUGUACAUUUCAUACCUGAUAUCACCAUAAGAAAAAAUGGUUAAAAAUCUAAUGUUUUUACUGAGUUUUUGAUACAGUCUUAAACUUGUUUUAUGAAAAUAUAUUAAUAAAAUGUAAUACUAUUUGUAAAGCCUCAAA